AUGUGGAAGAAGAUCCUGGCCGGACUCGUGGCCAGCGCAGCGGCCGAGGAGGAUGCCUCCUGCAUGCUACAAGCCAGGCAUGCAGACUCCAUCCCAGCAAGCGUCAUCAAGGAAGAGUUCUGCCAGGGACCACCCGCCGAGCUGAACUUCGACAGCUUCAUGCACGGCGACGAGAUCAUGGAGGACUCCAUCAAGGGAGUGAACAUCACAGCCAUGCGACGUGCCUCGGAACCGCAGCCAGGGCAGCCUCCUUGCCCAGGGCCUUUGCGGGUCUUGGACACCCGGGGGCAGAUGUUCCCUAGCAUCGACAAAGACCUGCAGAAUUGCGGGGAUUGCAGGAUGAUGGUGUAUGCCAAGGACAAUUUGGCAGUGGAAUUGAAGCGACCCAAGGUCAACAGUUGUGGAGAGCAACCCGGUCCAAGAAUGAGUUUCCGGUUCAAGAGAUUGCAGAAUCUCGUGGACAUCGAGCUCUGGGACCUAGAGGAGCCAACCUUCAUAGAGCUCUAUGGCCCCCACGACGUGCUGCUUGCCAACAUCUCCGCCCCACAGGGCCUUGAGCAAGAUGGCCAGCCAGCAGUCCUGGAGCUCAUGACCAAAGGCGUGCGCGAGCUGGUCGUCUACUUCGGGGGAUCAGGGGCCGUCAAGAAGAUCCGGGCUUGCAAGCCCCAGGGCAGCGUCUUCGGCGACCCCCACAUCUACACCCUGGACGGCGACAAGUUCGACUUCUACCAGAACGGCACCUUUUCGGUGUUCCACUACUCCGGGCAGCAGCUGCCUCACCCAAAGGCGAAGAAUGCCACCGUUGAUUGGCAGCUCGACUUAUUCCUUCCCCCAGUGCUAGACACGGGAGCUUGA